AGUGCGUAAUGUGUGGGAGACAAAAGAAAGCCCGGAGUUUUUGCCGCUGAGGCAAAAAAACACACGUUUAAGCUCCUCGCGCUCCUGCUGCUUUUCUGCUGCGCACCGCGUCCGCCGCACGCGGGGCGCGGCGCGUGCGCGGGCCGUAUAUGUGACGGGCGGGUAUCAGGGUGGAUUAGAGGGAAAGGUAAGCGCGUCUCUCUCUGUCGUGGCGGAUUUCCAUCCCUGUUCGCUCCGCUCAGCUCCGCUCGGCGCACCGACCCGAUUUGAACCGCCGCCGCCUCUCAUUCGUCUCCUCCUCUCAGCCUCACGCGCGCGUGUGUGUCUCUCCGUGUGUGAAGCAGAGCGUGUUGUGUAUUUACAUUUUUUUGUUUGUUUGUUUUUUUGUUUUUUAUGUGCGCGGACAUAUUUUCGGUCUCUCACACUCCGGCGUGCGAUGCCAUUCCUCCCGCAGGAACCUGAGCGCCUCGAUGGGUUGUCUCUACUUUACUGGACGAUCAUGGGCCCCCAUGGCAUCAACCGAGCUGUCCAGAGGCUGGAGUUCUCCGACUGCAAGAAAGGACUCGGAGUGAAAAUAAUCGGAGGCUACAGGGAGCUGACAGGCGAAGACUUCGGGAUCUACAUCAAGCGUGUGAUCGCUGGCGGCCUGGCUGCUCUGGACGGUCGGCUUAAGUCAGGUGACCUGAUUCUGGAUGUCAAUAACAUCAGCCUGAUUGGAGUGACCAAUGAGAGGGCGGUGGAGAUCCUGAGGAGCGCCUCGCUCUCCAAUCACAUGUCGCUGCUCGUCGCUAGGGAUGACGAAUCCAGGAGGGAGUUUGCUGAGCUGAUGGAGAAGUACGGCUCCAAUAACGUCACGGCGUCGGGAAGAAUCUCUCCAACGCAGCUAUCCAUGGGGAAGCUGACGGACACGGCGUCCUCCUCCUCUUCCUCCCGGUCGGAGAGCCCACAGCUGCUCAGUCCUAAAGAAGGAAUCACCGCCUACAGCCACGCUCCGCAUUACACCACCACCCCGGCCUACACCGUGCACACCCCGGCACUCGCCUUCAGUGACAGCGUCAUUCAGUUGAUAUGUGUCGCCAAGGGAACAGGCCUGGGACUCGUCGUCAAGGGAGGGGCCAACCGAGCUGAAGGACCAAUGGUGUUCAUUCAGGAAAUAGUGCCUGGAGGAGACUGCCAGAAGGACGGACGGUUGCAGGUGGGAGACCAGCUGGUGUCCAUCAACAAGGAGUCUCUGAUCGGAGUGACGAACGAGGAGGCCCGGAGCAUCCUGACGCGCACCAAACUCAGACCAGACCCCACGGUAGAGAUUGCUUUCAUCAGACGGAGGUCGUCGUCCAGCUCCAGCAGCGGCUCCCACAGCCCAGUCUGUCUGCAGGGGUGUGGCGCUGGAGCCGGACCCCAGACAAAGGCCCUCGGGUUGGGCUCCACGGCCUCGCAGCAAACCGUGGUGACCAAGAUCACUUCCAGCAGGAACCCGGCCUGUGACACGCUGCCGCCGGUCAACGUCACGCAGGUACGUGUCUCUCCAGGCAGAACGGAGCAGACGGGAAUCUCCUCAGUGCCGCAGAGCGACAGCAGCAACGACACAAACCCUGAUUCUGGGAGCAGUCAACCACCUCAGAGGAAAUGUUCACUCAGUUCCAGCUGUCGAUUCAAACUGGAACGACUGGAGCAGGCGCUGGAUCUAAUCGGUCUGAAACCCACAGAGGCUCAGCGGCAGGCUCUUCGGUCCAGACUACGAGCCGAUCCUUCUGGAACAGUGGCCUUCACAGACUUCGAGAGCCUGAUUCGGGAACUGUUCAAGCCUCAGCUGGAGGAACUGUUCGGCACCCAGUCCAGCUCCAGGUUCAUGUCAGACGACUUCUCCAGCCUGCUGGAGUCUCCCACCAACCCACCGCCGUCACUGUCAGACUCGGACGACCUGGAGGAGAUGGAGAAGUUGAGGAAGGAGCACAUUGAGGCUCUGAAGGAGAUCAAGACACUGCAGGAGCAGCUUGUCGAGUCUCAGAGAGUUCACCGUGAGCUGGAGGACGAGCUCAACAAGGUCAAGCAGGAAGCGAAAGUGGGAGCAGAGGAGAGUCGGACUCUGAGGACCCGGAUCCAGCUGGUCGAGGAGGCCCAGAAGCAGGCCAGAGGGAUGGAGAUGGACUACGAGGAGGUCAUCCACCUGCUGGAGGCUGAAAUCGCCGAGCUGAAGACUCAAAGGGUGGAGCAUCCACCAAUGAGCAAGAAGGAGGAAGCAGACGAGCUGAAGAAAAAGGUGGCUAUUCUGGAGUGUCAGCUACGAAAGAGUGAAACGGCCAAAAAGGGGUUUGAGAUGUCAACGGGAAAGCUACUGAGCUUUGUGGAGAACGUUCAGGACUUUUUGCUGGAAAGUCACGGACCCACAAAGAGCUACAGCUCGGGAGACGUCAAAGCCGGCUCGUCGUCCCACGGCGUCCCCCCUCGCUACAGGAAAAGCCCGUGGACCGCUGCCACGCUCGCCCAGGAGGCGAAAGAGCUCACGCGGUCCGUCAGAGCCAUCCUGGAGGUGGACUUGCUGACCUUCUAGAGGAGCACCUCCUGCAGGACACCGGACGUCGGCAGCCUCGUUCUCUCCUCGCUGCCGCUCCUCACCUUCUCGCCUCCUGCUACAGGAAUUCCAUGACACAUGCUAGUGUGCAGCUGCGUUUCUGCAUAUCAAGAUUUUAACCAACCAACCAACAAACAGAACAGAACAGAACAAAAAAAAAGCUGCGCAAGAACAUUCUUGCACCAAAAAAACAAAACACAAACAACCUGAUGGACAACAUGAAUGUUUCAAAGUUUGACCUGAUGAUCUGAUUUCAGUGGAGCUCCCGCAACGUUGGUGUGGUCCUCUAACUCUGACCCAUCUUCUCUUAUCGGUAAGCACCUUCACCAACCCGUAGAGAUCAGAAACCUCAGCAUCACAGUUUAAAAAAAAAAAAAAAAAACGGUUGACAUACUCCGUCCAGAACCCACACGCGUAGAAUCCGAGUCUCUGUAACUCUCUGUCACUGUUAAAAUGCUCAGAUGUUUAGCUUUGUAUCUUAGAGGCUGAACGCUCGUGUUAGUGCAGUAGAUUAGCCGAAGAAGACAAAGCAAUACGGUGAAGCGGCACACGAGGAGAAAGCCCAGCUCGCCUGAUAUACCCACGGACGCCAAGGAGGGAGGGAAGCCGUGACAGCGGGAACGCUUCCAUCCCGUCUGGAGUUGUCAGCUGUUUGCUCCUUUUCGGAGUGAAUCUUCAGAUUCAAGGACAAUGGACCAUGAGUUGUUCUUUGUAACCAGGAUCAGGAUCUUUGUAACCAGAGCUGCUUGCUCUGUUUGACCAGCUGGGCUGUGAUUGAUACAA